UCGUGUCGAUUAUAUCGUCAGUUAUAUUGUUAUCGCAAAUUUUCAAAUAUAUAUAUUUAUAUAAAUAUUUCUGCUCUGGUGGAAACAAUCUGAUUUAUCUGAAUGGAAAAGUUAAAGUUCAGCUUUUAAGGUUUUAAUCUCUACUCGAGGCGGUUACAAGAUGUUUGUUUUCAUGACAGAAGCUCUGUUAAUAAUCUGGAUCUGAUUUGAGAUCAUUUCAGUUUCUUAUUGGCUCUAACGUUCUGAUCCAUCACUUUGAGCGUUUCUUACUAACUAAUGUUACUGACAGGUCGAAUCCUCCUGCCUGUAAAUCACUGUCUCAUCUGUUUUAACAUUUAGAAAUGUUUAUGAGUCUGAGGGACGGUCUACGUAAGCAUGAAACGCUCCACCUGUAGAUCUCCACCCUCGUCCUGCUCUUCGUCUUUUCCUUCUAACGUAUUGGAGGAUGUGGUUUUCCAGCAGCUGCAGGUUUUUCAGCCUGGCUCCACAGAAGCUGCUCUUUUGUCUGUUGUUAAUGAUCGCAUGUGUUGUUGACGGUGGUGAUGCUGCUCUGAUACAGUGGAUCACAUGAUCUGGAUCUCCUGAACUGUCGGAUACUGUCUCUGGGGCAUACCUCAGGGUUCGGGUCUGGGACCACUUGUCUUUUCACUGCAUGUGCUGCCACAUGUUGUGCAUCAUUUCUAUGCUGAUGACGCUCUGACUGGUAACUCUUUGUUGUCAUUGCACAGUCAUACCUAGAACAACAGUACAACGAAAUUGGAAACUGUCCCGUGUCAGUACGACACACAACACAAACAGGACAACACAGUAACUUAACUAAAUAAAAGGGAUGAGUGCAUGUUUUAUUGCACAUUUUUAUUAUUAUUAUUAUUAUUAUUAUUAUUGUUGUUGUUACCCCCCCCCCCAAAAAAGUCCAGGGAGGUAGCCAAUCAGGUCAGCUGUUUGCACUGAUCAGGGCUGUUGCCCUGUUGUAAAAGCUGUCCUUGAGUCUGUUUGUCCGGGACCUCAGCAGCCUGAAACUCCUGCAGUGGCAGCAGCUUAAACACCCGGUGUCCUGGGUGUGUGCAGUCCUGUAGGAUGCUGCGUGCCCUCUGGAGACAGCCAGUGCUGUGCCGGUCCUUCAGGGAGGGAAGAGGAUGUCCAAUGAUUUUUUUUGGGCCACAUUAAUGACCCUCUGAACCUACAUGACGUUCAUCAGCUGCUGGUCGCACUCUCCAUAACUCCUCCUUCAGAUCUUGAGCCCUGACAUCAGGUAAUGUUGGAGUCAUAUUUGAUUCUUUCAUUUGGCUCACGUAUCGAAUACGUUGAUAAAGCAGCAUACUUUAGACUUAACUGAAGUUAAACCGUCUGUUUCUGGUAGAAAGGUCUAAUAUAAUGAUUGCAGCGGGUUCAUAAUGCUGCUGACACGGAGGCGUGGCCAUUAUUGGCCCGUCCUCUGAUUGUUGCACUGGCUUCCGGUGACGUGCACACAAACAUUUCAAAUAUUGUCGCCAACUGCUUUACGGGGUUCGUCUACAUCACGUGUCAUUCACUGAGGUCCGCCUACUAGCUGCUGAUUGGUUCGCACUGCUGACCGGGCGUUGUGAAACUCCAGAAUCGUCUUCCUCAUUACCAGCCUUCAAACUGAAGAAAACCCUUCUCUUCAUCAUCAUUCUCAGCUUCAGACUGGGUUCAGCUUCUGUUUUUCUAUCAUUGUUUUACUUUUUAUCUUCUCUUGUCUUUCUUUAUUAAAUGAUUAUUCUUAUUUUUACUUGUUAGGCAGCACUUUGCUCGUUGCUUCAGUGUGGGGUAGAAAUGCAGCGACAGAAUCAGGAGCGGCAGUCAGGCCGAUAGCAGAAACUCAGUCUGCAGCUCGAACGUCUCAGGCUGAUUAUUUAUAACCAUCAUAAACCAAACAUAACCAGAUUCAAGCUGCACAAGUUUCAUGAAGGUCAGUGCAGCUCACAGCUGACUCACAAACUGUGAAUAAGACCCGAGAAGAACGAAUCAAACAAAAUAAAGAAAAGACACAAAUAAACUAAACUAGGAACAAUGUGCAGUAAUCAAUAAGCUCUGAUCAGCAGGUGGAAGAAGCUUUCAGAUCCAUUCAAACCUGCAGCGUUUUUAUUUACUGGUGAGACGAAUCAGGAUCCACAGUUUGGUUAAAUACACACAAACGAAGAAGGUGGCAUCACGUUUGCACUGGCAUGUUUUUUAAAUACAGAUGUUAUUAAUGUGUGUGACGAUGACUCAUUGUACCAUCUGCUGGUGCAAAUCGGUAUUACACAAAAGUCAAACUGAAGAUAUCUGAGAUAUCUGAAGAUAAAGUUUCACAAACUGAGCGCGCGGCUGUCAGUGCUCGGACCACCUCUGUUCACAUCAUACAUGCUUCCCUCAGGCUGGAUCAUCAUAGCAAACAUUUCUACUGCUAUGCUGAUGACACCCAGCUCUCUGUCCGUGAAGCCAGAUAACACACAUCAGUUAAACUGCAGGUCUUAAAGAUUCCUGCAGCUGCUGUCAGCUGUUCUUCUGUGGUGAAUGACUGAAGCUCUUCGGCUGUAGAGCGCCCGGAUGCUUCGGGAAACAAGCUGAAGGAGCUGGAAGCAGCCUGGGACGUCUGCUCGAGGUCACAAACAUGAAGUGUGCCGCAUGGGCAUCCUCAGCUGUUGCUUGUGUGUCUGCAUCGUGUUGUGUCUGAGUGGUUGGCGCGUUCGGUGCUUCUCACGCUGCAGGUGAAGAAAUGUUUCAUCAGGUUAAUUCAAGCGAAUGACUGAAGCUGUUUCAGGGAAACAUGAAAGAAAUAACCUCUGUGGAUUCCUGCAGACUUCCCCUCGGGUUUUCUCUCAUCUCGCUCGUACUCUACCUUUGUGGGUUUGUCUCUGCACAGCGCUCUGAUUGGUCGAUGCGCUGAGAGGGGCUGUCCCGUCACAGCGGGUUGAAGCUGGGAGAGCAGUGAGCUUCGCAUCAGUUUUGAGUCAGAGGCGUUAGACGAGGGACAGGAAGUCGGACAAGAAACCAGCAAAAGACAGAAAAGAGAGCAAAGAGGAAGCAGAGCGGAGCCGGACGCCCGGCUGUGACAGAGCGCCGUUCACAGCUGUAACCUCUGCAGGAUGACUGAAGCCCAGUUCAUCGGCGGCUACGAGCACGACCUGCAGCAGUUCAUGCCGUACGACUAUAUUCCAGUGGACAUAAAGACAGAGCCCUUCAUGCCUGAGACAGCUCACGGCCCGUACAUUCAGAUCAUCGAAGAGCCCAAACAGAGGGGAUUUCGUUUCCGUUAUGAGUGCGAGGGUCCAUCACACGGCGGGCUCCCGGGGGCCUCCAGCGAGAAGAACAAGAGAACGUACCCCACAGUGAGGAUCAAUAACUACGUGGGUCUGGCCCGGGUCGAGGUCCAGCUAGUGACGCACACCGACCCUCCUCGCGUCCACGCCCACAGUCUGGUUGGACGCCACUGCGUCGAAAACGGCACCUGCACCAUCGACAUUGGCCCCAACGACCUCACCGCCUCGUUCAGCAACCUGGGGAUCCUCCAUGUGACCAAGAAGGGUGUGGUUGAAGUUCUGACCCGGAGGCUGAGAGAAGAGAAGAAGCGGCUCAAAGGGCCGCACUGUCACCUGACAGAUGUCGAGGAGUCGGCCAUCGUGAAGGAGGCCAAGGAGCUAGGGAAGACGAUGGACCUGAACAUCGUCAGGUUAAAGUUCACCGCCUACCUGCAGGACAGCACCGGCGCCUUCACCCGAGCGCUGAAGCCCGUCGUCUCCAACCCCAUCUACGACAGCAAGUCUCCCAACGCCUCCAACCUGAAGAUCUCCCGCAUGGAUAAGACGUGCGGCUCGGUGCUCGGAGGAGACGAGAUCUUCUUGCUCUGCGACAAAGUCCAGAAAGAUGACAUCGAGAUCCGGUUUUACGAGGAGGACGAGGACGGAUGCUGGGAGGCAUUUGGGGACUUCUCACCUACGGACGUCCACAAACAGUACGCCAUCGUGUUCAAAACGCCGGCCUAUCACAGCACAGAGAUCGAGCGGCCCGUCACCGUCUUCCUGCAGCUGAGGAGGAAGAAGGCGGGCGACAGCAGUGACCCCAAACAGUUCACCUACAUCCCGCAAGUCCUAGACAAAGAGGAGGUGCUGAGGAAGAAGCAGAAGCCGCUGCCUCACUAUGAGCACUGGAGAGGAGGAAGAGGAGGAGGAGGAGGAGCCGGGGGAUUUGGUGGAUCAGGGGGAGGAGGAUUUCAGUUCCACCAGGAGAUGAAUGGAGGGGGGGGAGGAGCAGGAACGGGAGGCUUUUUUAAUGUCUCUUUCCCUGGCUUCGGUAAUGGGGGAGGGGCUCAGAUGUCAGGCUCCGCCCCUCAGUCAGGUGCUGCUCAGCAGCAGCAGCAGACCGACAGACAGACAGGAGGACAGAGCGACUCGCCGCUCCGUCAGCAGCUCCUUCAGAUCGCUGCCGCCCUCAACAGCAGAGUCUCUCAGAGCGCCCGGCAGACCGCCACGGCCCUGCUGCAGUACUGCAGCACCGGAGACGCUCGCGUCCUCCUCGCCAUCCAGAGACACCUGUGUGGCAUCCAAGAUGGAAACGGAGACACACCUUUACACCUGGCCAUCAUCCAUCAUCAGACAGGUGUGAUCCAGCAGCUGAUCCACACUCUGCUCAGCAGCCAGCAGCAAGGCAUCAUCAACACAGCCAACCACCUCCAGCAGACUCCCCUGCACCUGGCGGUGAUCACACGGCAGGUGAAGGUGGUGGAGGUGCUGCUGAAGGCGGGGGCUGACCCCAGCCUGGUGGACAAAGAUGGCCGCACCCCCCUCCACCUGGCGGCGCUGGCCGGGGACCACAACAUUCUUCGCUUCCUGCUGGCUCACCUGGGAGAAUGCCACGCCCACCUGGUCAACAUGCCCGAUUUCCACGGCCUCCACCCACUUCACCUGGCUGUGAGGAGGGACGGCGAGCGCUGCCUGCGUCUGCUGGUGGAGGGCGGAGCCAAAAUAAACGAGCCUGAGCAGAAGAGCGGGAACACCGCCCUCCACCUGGCCGUCAGAGAAAACCUGUUCAAGGUGGCCUGCCUGCUCAUCACCGAGCUCCGAGCUGACGUUAACGCCUGCACGUUUGGAGGAAACACGCCGCUCCACCUGGCCGCAAGCCUCAGCUCGCCGACCUUCUGUUCCAUGCUCAUCGCUGCAGGUGCUGAUAAGUCCAUCGAGAACGAUGAGCCGCUCUUCUUCAGCUCCUCCUCCUCAGACGAUGAAGAUGAACCAAUCAGAGAAGAAGAGAAAGAGCGAGAGGUCGCCCCAAAGACAUCCAAUCCCCGCAAGAGACCUGCAGGAGGCCACACCCCCCUGGACCUGGCUAAAUGCCAAAAGGUCAGGAAAGUGUUGUCGCCAUCUAAGAGUCCGAAGCCGGAUCGCCGCGGCAGCGGGAACAUCAGACCGACGACCAGCAGCACUGAAGAGGUUGAGCGCGCGGGGCUCGACGAGGACACAAUGUCACGGCUCGUGAACGUGCUGAGCGUCGGCGACGUCCCCUGGAAGAAACUGGCGGAGAAGUUGGGCAUGAUGACGCUGACUCACCUGUACCAGGAUAGUCCGACGCCCUGCCGCCAGCUGCUGCGCCAUUACAAGCUGGGUGGAGGUGCAGUCGAAGGCCUGGUUGAAGCUCUGCAGUCUCUCGGUCUGACAGAAGGAGUCCGACUGCUGAGGAACGCCGAGCUCCGAGACGACAAACACAACACAGACGUCACUGUCGACAGCGGCUUCGGCAGCCAACCAAUGGAGGACGUGGAGCCGCCCGCGGGCGUGCAGUGACGAGUGCGUCACGAGCACCAUCCUUCUGCGAUCCAUCAGAAACCUGCAGCGGGUUUCAGAGAUCGGACUGUAAACGUUUGCUUCCUGUAGGAUCGAGACGAACAUUUGAAAUCCAGCUCAGCGAAUCAAGAUGAAGUUUUUUAUAAAACAAAUACAGAGGAUGGACGAAUCGACGCUGAAACUGUACCAUAGAUCUCAGAGCGUGCUCUUUUUAACUUAUGUUUCAUUUCCCUGUAAUAAUUUCACUUUAUUAAAGAGUAUGUGUGUUGUGUCAAUAACCUUUUUGAAAAGUUGGGUGGAUGAAAUGAUCAAUAAAUCUGUUGUUUCACUUUCA